GGAAACAGUUCCGACAAUAAUUCCGAACCUAAUUCUGACGAUGACUCCGAUACAAAUGAAUUGCCGGAAAAUAUUCAAGCAAUUGCUCGCUUGCCUCUUCCCCAAGCCCAACAAAAGUCCGAACAAGAAAUCAAAAAAUCAUUAAAAGAAAAUGGUAUCUCCGACCAGGAAUUAAAUAAAGAAAGUUGA